AUGGCCGUCAUUAAUGUCACCCACCCUGAAGAGUUCAUUCUUCUAGGUUUUGCCAACCAUCCUUGGCUGGAGCUCUCGGUCUUCAUUAUUCUCCUGGCAGCGUACCCCCUGGCUAUGAUAGGGAAUGUUGCCAUCAUCCUAGUGUCCACCUUAGACCCCCGUCUCCACAGCCCCAUGUAUUUCUUCCUCACCAACCUCUCUUUCCUGGACAUGUGCUACACCACAAGCAUCGUGCCCCAGAUGCUGUUUAACCUGGGAAGCGCCAGAAAGACCAUCAGCUACGUGGGGUGUGCACUUCAACUUUAUUUAUUCAGUGCAAUGGGGAGCACAGAGUGUCUCCUUCUGGCUAUUAUGUCUUUUGAUCGCUACGUGGCCAUUUGCAGACCUCUGCACUACUCUCUGAUCAUGAAUCGGCACUCAUGUAUGCUGUUAGUAUGCAUCAUGUGGCUCUGUGGAACCGUCUAUGCCAUCUCAGAAGCCACACUUACUUUACAGUUGCCACUGUGUGGCAUUAACACUCUGGAUCACUUAUUAUGUGAGAUUCCUGUUCUGAUAAAGGCUGCUUGUGGUAACAAAGAGACAAAUGAGCUGGCACUCUCUGUAGCAUGCAUUUUUAUACUAGCUGUUCCUUUAUGCUUAAUACUUGCUUCCUAUAUAAGUAUUGGACGUGCUAUACUUAGGAUUAAGUCUUCUGAGGGAAGGACAAAGGCUUUUGGAACAUGUUCCUCUCAUCUUAUAGUAGUUUCCUUAUUUUAUGGUCCUGGAAUUAGUAUGUACCUUCAGCCCCCCUCCUCCAUCUCAAGGGACCAACCUAAGUUCAUGGCUCUUUUCUAUGGUGUGAUAACCCCUACACUUAACCCAUUCAUUUACACUCUGAGGAAUAAGGAUGUAAAGAGAGCAUUAGGCCAUCUUGCAAGAAGGAUUUUGUGUUUUAAGUGA